CUACCACUCACCUUAUCUAACACCAUCCUAACAACAUGGCCACCUCCGACCGUCUCGCCAAGUUCACAACCGCCAUGCAACGCGUCUACCGCUUCCCCACCACCACCGAGCCCUGGACGCCACCCCCCGCCUCCGCCGGCCACAAAGGGCGUUACCUAUGGACCGACGCCUUCGGACUCCUCAACUUCCUAACCCUACACAAGCGGACCUCCUCCCCGCUCUAUCUGCAGCACGCACGGUCUCUCGCAACAGCCGUACACGACACGCUGGGCCGCACGCGCGACGGCACGGCACGACUACCCGGAGCAUCAGCCGCGAACCCACUAGGCGGGGGUCUGCGCAUCGGCAAAGAGGCAGCGAGCGGCUCCGACGGCGACGGCCAGUACCACCACUACCUGACGCUGUGGAUGUUUGCGCUGAGCCGGCUGAGCCGGGCAAGCGGGGAGAAGCGCUGGAAUGACGAUGCGGUGGCGUUGAUGCGCGCCGUUCAUCCCGCGUUCGUGUAUGACAGGGACAAGGCCCGUCCGCGCAUGUUUUGGAAGGUUAAGAUGGAUUUGUCGGCGCCGCUCGUGCGCAUUGAGGGGAAUUUGGACCCGGUUGAUGGGCUUGCUGUGUGUUUGCUGUUGAGGGAGACGGAUGGUGAAGGGAGUGAUGUCCUUGAAGAUGAGAUCGCGGACUACGAGAAGAUCGUGAAGACCAAAUGGGAGGGAUAUUCGAGCCAGGACCCCCUUGACCUUGGCAUGACGCUCUGGACGGCGCACUGGUUUGCUGGGAAAACGGACUGGGCGACUGGUCUGGUGGAGCGGGCCAAGCGGGACUUGCGCACUGUUAUCGAUGAGGGCUACUUCGACGCGAGUGUCCGUCGCAGGCUCGCGUUCCGGGAGUUCGGAACUUGCUUGGGGAUUGGCUGCGCAACGGAGGGUGAGGAAUGGGCUGUUGAGGCACGAAACAUCGUUGACGGGUGGGAGAAGGCAGGUGUGGCGCCUGUGCCGGUAGAGGAUGGCAGCGCUGGACUUAAUGCUGAACCGGAUUUGCUGCCGAUUACGCUGGUGAUGUACGCUGCGGCGUUGGAUCCGGGAGCAUUCAAAAGUGAUUUCUUUUGAGCUGGAGGUGUAGAGUUGAUGCCCGGAAGUAUGAUAAGGUGGGCUGUUAUGGUGUUUAAGUGGGCAAAUCAAUCAAUGGUCCUAUUUCCUCGGACUUUGUAGUCUUCCUAAUAUGUUUUUUGUAGGCCAUGCUCAAAAGUCAAUUCAUACAACGACUAUGGGACACCAAAGCCUCAUACGAGAAAUUGCUGCCUGUUCAAAGCCACACUGUUUGAUUUAAUGAUUACGGUAUAAGUCAUUCGAGCAGGAGCAUACGCAAUGCAUGAC